AUGUCGAACUCCCUGGUCACUUGGGCGCUUCCCAAGCUGUCCAACUUUCUCCCACUAGAUGAGGAGUCACUAAAACAGAUAGUCACGUAUUCCGCCGGUCUAUCAAAGGAAGAAAGCGCCGAACAUUUGAAGAAUCUCCUCGGCGAUGCGCCACCAGUUCUCGAAUUCAUUUCAUCAUUUAACUCACGACGAGCUGAUAGUGGUACAUCGACUCCUCAAUCAGGUGCAACUACACCUCGUACGACUCGUGAUGACGCCGGUCCGUCUGAGAGGAAUCAUGUGAAGAAAAACAAGCGAACCAAGGCGCCAUUACACAAUGCCGGACCUCCGCGAAGACCAGAGAACUACGGGAAUGUCUCCGGUGGAUAUAAGAAGGCAGACUUGGAGCAAGAUUAUAUGACUAUAUCAGGCAGACCUGCCUCGUUACAGCCGGAUAUCGGAUCUGGAUAUGGCUCGUCCUCGGCGGACUCACGGAAUCCAUCACCCGCCCCAAAGAGCAAUAGUACAAAAGCGCCGCCGUCGGCAGCAGGACCUUUAAUAUCAGAUUACUUGCCCAAUGUGAAAUCAAAGACAAGCAAGGCACACCGACCAGCUGGGACUGGGUCUGGGUCUGGACAUUCAACGCCUGGUAAAGGAUCGGUAACGACGACAAAUAUUGCAGAUUUGACGUCUGCGAUUGCGGCUCUAGAGGUGUCUACGAAUCCUACAUCUGCCAAGAAAAGACAAAAAUGUGACUGUAAUGCAUCAAUACAUCCGUUAUUCACACCUGCGCCGAAUUGCCUCAGCUGCGGGAAGAUUAUAUGCUCACUCGAGGGUUUACAGCCAUGUUCUUUCUGUGGCGCACAGUUAUUGUCAAGCCAGGAAAUUCAGAGCAUGAUCAAAGAACUUCGUGCAGAACGAGGACAAGAAAAGAUGAGAGCCCACAACGAAGGAGUGCACCACACAGGGGGCCCGGGUGUACCUGACAGUGGACCACCAAGCAAACUCGACGCCGCCGUCGCCCAUAGAAACAAGUUGCUUGCUUUCCAAGCGCAAAACGCCCAACGAACGCGCGUAGUAGACGAAGCCGCAGACUUCGAGACGCCUAAUAUCGGAUCUACGCAAUGGAUGAGUCCCGCGCAGCGAGCGCUAGCCCUGAAAAAACAGCAAAAGAUUUUACGAGAGAUGGAAGAGAAAGCGAAACCGGAGUGGGAGAAGAAGCAAACGGUUUUGAGUUUGGAUAUAAAAAGUGGUCGAGUAGUGCGUUCGUAUCAUGCUGCUCCUUCAGCUGCUGUUACUCCGGAAGAGGAGGAGAAAGACGUUGACGAUACAGCCAUGGUGGAUGCUCAGAGGAACGAGACUGGGGCCACAGGUGCAGCAUUCAGCAAGAACCCUCUACUAGCAAGUGGUGGUCUAAUGCGGCCUAUAUGGAAAAGCCGAACGGAUGGGGAAGUUGGAGACAAAAACAAGGAGGUUAGACGCACAUGGCGCAGAGUACAGGAUGAUAAUGACGAUAACGAGCAGUGGAUAUUAGACGGUGGUGCUCAUGGGUACAGCAACGACAGCGGUGCUUGA